AUUACAACUAAAUCAUGAAGAUGAUGGAUAAUGUUUAUAUAGAAGAAGAGUCAAUUGAUAAAUAACAUUCGUAGCUUCACAUGUCUUCAUAGUCUAUAUACAGUAAAACGAAGAGUUCGCUGUCGUCUAUAGGAUCUUUAAAGACUUUCAUUGCUGCAUGCUGGGCAACUAAAAUUUAUUCAUAAAUAGAAUGAGGUUGAACAGUAAAUUAUUCUAAAUAACCGGGUAUUCCUUUAUAUAUAAAUAUAUGUUUGUAUGUAUUGGUUAUUUAUAUAUGAAUACAACACUGAUAUCUGAAAUGAGAGAGAAAAUAGUAUUUGGUACUGCUAAUAAAAUAUACAAUGUCCUUAAGUCUAUAGAUCAUGAAGUAGUGUAUAAAUACGUUGAAACCUCUUUAAUACUUCAAUAUUUUAGCUUAAAAAGGGGAAUUCUAAUUGGACGAAUUCAUUUUUAUUAAAGUCAUAUAUAUUUUUACAUUACAUCUCUUUACAACAAAGUUGCACAACAAAGUCUUUCUACAACUUUAUUAUGUAUAGUCAAGUUUCCAAUCACUUCAUAUCUCUCUUAGGAGGGUAAGGAUUGCGGAGAAAAUCUUACAACCCUGGUUUGAAAUAGUAAUAGGAGCUUUUCUGCAGGAUCCAAGUUCCUCACUCUAGCAUCCGCGUUUGUGGAAUACUUUGACGUAUCCUCAGCAUCUUCUUAACGUGGCGUACACUAUACUCAUACACACACAUAUAUAUGUAUACAUAUAUUGCAAAUUACUAUAUCUGUGUCCAUUCUAUUUAUAUAUCUUCUUUAGAAAUCGAAACAUCAAGUAUUACAGGGAUUCAAGGGAAAGAUUUUUACACUUAGACGAUGUCUCAUACAAAGAAUUGUGUUUAUUAUUAUUAUCCUUGGUGUACAACGGGCAUAUACAAUGUCGUCACUAAACAAAAUUUUAAACAUGGUUUUUUUAAUCAGCAAUUUAGGUGUAUUAUGUGAUGAAAUAUAUUAAAGUGUUAUUAGAUCAAGUUAAUUCAAACCAAGAAGGAAAUAGACAACCCGAGACAUCCUCCAUGACUAAGAAUCUGAUUGACCUGCAGAAUGGAAAGGACUGCCUUUAAUUACUCCUGUAUUGAACAAGCACAAUUUUAUGGCAGUUUUGUUGAAUACUGGCAUAUUUGCAAAAAAAAAA